AUGGCUCAAGAGCUCCAAGAAACGUCCUCUUCCUCUGCCACGACCACCUCGUCGUGUACCACCUCCUGCUGCUCGUCCACUGUCACGGACUCGUCUUCUUCUCCGCCGUCACCGGCGGCGGCCAAUGCCGCUCCCGCGCCACGGAAGCGGCAGGCGGCGGAGGCGGAGGCAGAGACCGAGACCGAGGCCGAGGCCGAGGCGGGUGGGGAGGAAGAGGAAGAAGGUUGUGCUGGCAAGACGGCGCCGGCGGCGAAGAAGCGGAAGCGGAGCAGCGAGGGCAAGCACCCGACGUACCGCGGCGUGCGGAUGCGGGCGUGGGGCAAGUGGGUGUCAGAGAUCCGCGAGCCACGCAAGAAGUCGCGCAUAUGGCUGGGCACGUUCCCCACCGCCGAGAUGGCGGCGCGCGCCCACGACGUCGCCGCGCUCGCCAUCAAGGGCCGCGCCGGCGCCGCGCACCUCAACUUCCCGGACCUCGCCGGCGUGCUCCCGCGCGCCGCGUCCGCGGCGCCCAAGGACGUCCAGGCCGCCGCCGCAUUGGCCGCUGCGUUCACGUCGCCGUCGCCAUCGUCACCAUCAUCGGAGCCCGACGCCGCCGGUGCGCCGGUGGCGCCAUGCGACGCACGCGAAGAGCCCUCCGCCGCCAAGAACGGCGCCGCGCCCGAGGAGGAGGCAGCAGCCGCCGAGGCACCGGUACCACCGCCGGAGGUCUCUCAGCCAGGGACGCCGUCGUCGAGCGGCGUGGAGGAAGAGCGGCAGCUGUUCGACUUGCCGGACCUGCUCCUCGACAUCCGGGACGGGUUCGGGUGCUUCCGGCCGAUGUGGGCCCUGCUCACUGACGUGGAGGAGGUCAAUGCGGAGCUGCGCCUCGAGGAGCCGCUGCUUUGGGAGUAG